UUUCUGUUUCAUUUCUCUGAAAUGGGCUGGAGCAGCUGGGUUUUGUUGCAUAUAUAUGCUGCUGGUUUCUCUCCUGUUCCUUAUUCCUACUGCAGAUGAGGACAGGAUCUGUGGAAUUAUCUCCACUGCCUCCAGCCAUGGCCUUUGAGACAAUUCAGAGGGGCCGCAAAAAGCUCAUCAGCUUCCUCCAAGCAGCACCCGACCUCAUACUGGAUGAUAUGGCCUCCCAGGGCUUCAUCUCUGAGGAUGAUUACAAUGUUUUGGAUGAACUGUUGGAGCCCAAGAAGAAGAUGCGCAGGCUCUUGGUGAAGAUACAGCGUGGAGGGGAGCAGACCUGCCAGCACUUCCUGGAGAGCAUAAAGACCCACUUUCCAGAUCUGCCUUCGGACCUAUGGCCUCUGGAGAGUGCACCCCCAAAUCAAGGGGAAGGAGACUCUCACUCAAAUGAUGCCAAUGUUUUGGAGAAGAAGGAACCAGAAAAUCCAGACAUGGAUCCCUCUGUGACAACUGAAAGCGAGAACUUGAACAAUGACCCACACUGUGAACAGAAGCUUCGUGAAGUUCCAGAACUGGCCUUGGAUGGAGGAGUGUCACAGUUGAGAGAGAACAGAGCUUCACUGGCUGUGUUACCUUCAGAACCGUCUCUGAUCUCAUCCCCAGAUCACCCCUGGAACCCAAAUUAUGCCAAGGUUUUGGAGAAGGAACCAGAAAAUCCAGUUGCGGAUCCAGAAGACAAAGGAUUAUCUGAGAUGAAUGGAAGUGGGAACUUGAAAGGGGCCCCGUGCUUUGAGCAGAAGGGUCCUGAAACUCCAGAAGCAGUCUGGGAGGGAAUGCCAGAUCGGAGAGAGAAGGCACCGGUAGUUACCGUGUCACAGAAUUCUAAAGGAACCAAUGCAGAGGUCAGUCGCCGCAACAUCAUCACCGCUCGCCGGAGGAGGGGGCAGAACAAACCCAACCCGCAGGCGUGCCGGUCUUCCUUCGUCUUUCCUCCUCGCCAAGAUGAGAGGGCAGUACAGGAGCCAGGACCGUCUCUCUACUUUGGAAGGCCCAGCAACAUGGCACCCUGCCAGGACAACACCUCUGCCUGCUGGCUUGCUGCCAGGGAAGCCUCGCCAAAAGAGCCCACUGGGCAGAAUGGAGAUGGAAAGGGGCCCGUGGAUGUAAAAACAAACCAUGUAUCUGGUCAUCAAGAGCCUGGAAAGGAAGAGGAAAUUGCUGAUGAAAUAAUGCUGAUGAAGCCAGGGCCCAGUGGGCAAAGGAGCAGGAAGCUCACCAUGGAAGAAGUCCCGGAAAUCAACUCAGAAGUUGUCAAAACAAUACCUCCUCAGAAACUGGAAGAUCCCCCUCAGCAGAUGGAGAAAGAGAUAGGCCUUGUACAGAAGGCUGGGGAAGAGUCAAAUGGGGAAAGAAAGGCGGAGGCUGAUUUGUGUACUCCCAGGGUCUUGAACAUGGGGGAUGUUGUGGGAAGAUGUUCCCUUGCUGAGAGUAGUAGAGAGGAGAGCCCAGUGUUCAUUUCCAUGUGCAAUGAGGCCCUUGGGUUUUCUCAGCAGCACCAUGUUCUCUUUGUAUACUGGGACGUGGUGUGUGGGAAUGUUCCACAAGAGAUCUGUGAUGGGCAGACAAAAAUCUGUUUUCCUGAUGGGAGGAAAAACUCGGAACCUGUUCCUGUAGCACCAGUGAAGCUACGUGGAGACAUCAAGUCCCUUUGCCUGCUCUUCAGCAUGUUAACGAAAGUCUACCCAGCUGUUCUUAUAGGACCUAAGAACAUUUCUGAUGCAGAAUACAAGUUGCGAUUGACUCUCCAAGUACCAGGAUAUAAAUAUCACUUUGUCUUGAAAACUAAAGGUGGAAAGUCGGAGGAAAUGCUGAGAUUCCUUAACCUGCUGAACAUUAACAACUCACAGCUGCUGGUGAAGAACAGCCAAAAUAUCACAGAACUUGUGUCAAAGCUUCAGUUGAUGAGGAGGAGUUCAGUGAACUCUAAUCAAAAAACAGUGGAUGUGGAAGAAAUGGCCAAUGUGAGCCAAGAAUCGGGGAUCCAGGUAGAUGAAAAUAUGGAGAACUGUUCUAGUGGAACUCUGCAUGCCAAGGAAAUAGUUGAAGAAAUAAAAGAUGAUGUGAGCUACAAGAAGGAAAUGCUGAAACAUGACUGGAGAAACUUUGCCAAAGAGGGGGGAAAGCUAUGCAGGAUGAAAAGUCAAAUGGACACCCCAACAGAAGAUGAAAAGCCUGAACUUGGAGAGAAAGCAAUCAGCUUAUGUACAAAGUGGAAUCAAUGUGACCUUACUAAUGGGCUAACAAAACUUAUUAAUGGAAUACAGUAUCUUCACCAUUACUUCCUGAAAUGCAUGGGGAAAGUGUUGUGCAGGGUGAAAAGGCAAUUGGAUGCUGCAGCAGAAAAGUCCCAAUUUAGAGAGCUAUCAAUCUGCUUAUGCAAGCAGAUUCAAUGUGACCUUACCAAUGGGAUGACAAAACUUAUUCAUGGAAUACAGCAUCUUAACCAUUACUUCCUGAAAUGGACGAAACAUUUCUUCCUGAAAGGAGGACAUUACUUCCUGAAAUGGGUGAAGUUCAUCUUAAAUUAUAUUGCUAGAGUGAACCAGUUAAGAUUGCGAAGAGACUAUAAAGAGAAAUGUCACACUGCUGGAAAUGACCCACAACAAUUAGCACAGCUAGAUGAAUCCAUUUCCAUGUGCAAGCUGGAGCAGUUUUGUGAGAAAAAAUAUGCAACAGUGAAGGAAGGCGACAAGGCAAAGUAUCAAAGGCAUCUACCAGAAGUAGCCAAUGACUUGAGCCUGGAAGGGUUUCCAGUGGAGCUGAUGGACAGAGAUGCAUCUAACAUCCCACUGCAACAGAUAGUAGACAUUCUUACUACUCUCAAUGAGAAACUAAGAGGUCGAUCCAAAAUGAUGGUGAUAACUCUACUGGGGAUACAGAGCACUGGCAGGUCCACCCUUCUCAAUACCUCAUUUGGCCCACAGUUUGUGGUAAACAGAUGUGCUUUUGGAACCUUAACGACCCACCUCAGAGUUCCAGAAAAACUGCAACAAGAAAUUGGUUGUGACUCCAUCCUGGAGAUAGACACAAAAGGCUCGGAAGCAGUUGAGCUGGCCAAAGUUGAGGACAGCUGUGAACACAACAGUGAGCUGUCCACCCUCAUGACUGGACUGAAUGACACAACUAUCCUGAACGUGGCCAUGGAGAAUGCCACUAAAAUGAUGGACAUCCUGCAAACUGUGGUCCAUGCAUUUCGGAGGAUGAAGAAAACUGGGCACAAACCCAACUGCCAGUUUGUGCAUCCGAAUGCCAGUGAUGUGCCUGCUUCAGAACAGAAUAUGAGAGAUGGGAAAUGCCUCCUUGAACAGCGUGUCAAGGUUUGCCAAGACUCCCACCCAGAGGAGACCCACCCAGAAGAAGAGGAGCAGCCCCCAUCAGCCCGGACCUCUGAUCCUGAUGUCAGCCCCCCAGAUCUUUCAGAGCUGGAGCCAGUUACCUGCUUGGAGGAGCCAUGGAGCACAGCCAACCUGGUGCUCUCCAGCAAGGCUCCAGGCCCUGCCUUAGAACCUCCUUCACCACCCACAAGCCCCCAGGCACGGAGGCGACAACGUGCCAGGGUGGAGCUCUGGCAAAGGAGGCAGAGUUCUCGCCUGGCUGCUUGGGGCUUACCUCAGGAGGAGGAGGAGGAGGGAGGGAUGGCCAGCUCAGGUGCCUCUAAAAUAAGGCUUCUCUGUAAACCCCGGGCAGAAUACCUAUUUACUGUCUCUGGCUUUAAGACUCCAUUUUACUGAAGCCUGACACAUACAACUCUUUCCCCACCUCUGGCCAUCUGGGUAACAGCUGUCAUCCUGUGAGCCAUUAGGAUUCACUGGUGCAAAUGGAGGAGCCUUCAUUUCCAUGGGACCAAAAUGACAGGUGAUGGUUGAAGCCAUUUCCUGGGGCUCCGCCCACAGGCAUAGAAAAAAUUGUGGAACCCUAUUGGCUAGUAUAUCCUUAUAUUAGAUGCAGCUCAUCUCGUGAUGCAGAGAUAAGCUAUCUCCCAUGGCAAAGUUCUCUCUGACACAUUUUCUUUAUAAAUAGGGAUAGCAGAAAACCAAGGAAGCUCUCUUCCUGGAGGAGAGACCCUGCGGCUUGCUCGUGGUCUGGCUUUGCUGUGCCUUGCCUUUAAGCCAUGUUCCUUGUAUGCCUGGUUAGGGGCAAAGGAUUAUAGCCAUGCUCAUGAGACCUUAGAUUCUGAACCACUUUUUUUUUUUUGCAACUUUUAAGUUAAUUGUCUCCUGAUCCAAUGGCAACCUGAUUAGAAAGUAAGCAAGAAUGCAUUUGUUUUUAGUUUUAUCCUGUAUUUGGAGUUUUAUUUGUCUGUAAACGCUGCUCCUUUGUGUUGUAGUAAAAAGCUUGACUUACUAUCAA